UAAUAGAUGAAGAAGACGAAGUCAGUUCGAUGUUAGCCUCAUCUUGAUGGUCAGAUGGGAGCAAGGGAACACGCUGUUUCCUUUCUCAUGUCUUGACUGCUUCCUGCUACUUUAUGGUACCUGCCAACACAUGCAUACUGCUUCCUUCUCACCCUCAGCUCCUCCUAUAUAAACCCCUCCAAUCCUCCCUCGACGGCAGCCAUGGAGUUCGAGGGGUGCGUUGCAGUGGCUGCAGGGCGGCCGACGACGGUCAAGAAGCCGAAGCCGAAGCCGAAGACAAGGAUCUUACACGUGUUCCCGCCGGAGAUCAUAAAGACGGAUGCUGCAAACUUCCGCGAGCUCGUGCAGAGGCUCACCGGAAAGCCGGUGACGCGAGCUAGCAGCAACAGGAGGAAGAAGAAGAAAGAGGACGAGGCUGGUUGCGUGGGGCUCGAGGGAGAGGUGGCUCCGAGCUGCGAGCAAGUGGGACUGUGGAGGGGGACGCAGGAGCCCGGAAGUGGGGGAGGAGCGAAGGUUGAGUUGGAGGAGAAGGAUUCCGGUGGCUUCUCUUGGGAGUUUGGAGAGAUCGAGAGCUUCCUCCAUGAACUCAGUGAUGUCUCGUGGCUUCCUUCGUGUACUUCCCCAGCUAAUGACAGUUAGAUCCUUUUUC